AUGUCUACGACAACAGCUAUUACCAGUUGCAAACUCUUCGAGCGCGCAACCAUCAUCACAGUCAAUGAACGACGUGAGGUGAUCCGUGAAGGCUACCUCCGAAUCGAUAAUGAUCGUAUUACCGCAGUCGGAAAAUGUCCAUAUCUGGACGAGUUGCCCUCGGAUGUAGAGAGAAUCUAUUGUGAUGGGAAGAUCAUCAUUCCGGGAUUGAUCAACACCCAUGCCCAUCUGGUUCAAUCUCUUCUUCGAGGACUGGCAGAAGAUCUUCCACUGCAUAAUUGGCUGUGCGAUGCGAUUUGGCCGCUGGAAGCAUCAUUCCAAGGAGACGAUGGAGUCCGAGCUGCACGCUUGACUAUGGCGGAGAUGCUAAAGACUGGGACGACAUGUUUCCUUGACCCAAUGCUGACUUACCGUGCCGGCUUCGAUGCAAUUUGUGAAGUGGCUGGCGAAAUGGGGAUCAGAGGGUGUCUUGGCAAAUUGGUCAAGUUUACCGAAACGAAUCGACAGCUGUCAAUCACCGAUCCGAGAGACCAAGAUCUGCUCGCAAUGUCAAUCCCGGAACUGCUGAAAGCACACGAGACACAUGAUGACAGCCACGAGGGUCGAAUCCACGUAUGGGCGGCCGCUGGUACACCGCGCGGCACCUCAAUCUUGCAUUACCUCGAAUUGGGUGAGACUUGUGCCAAACAUGGAAUUUCCACAACAAUGCACUGCGCCGAAGCCCCACGAGACCGAGAGAUAUACCGAGAUACGUAUCAGUGCAGCGCGAUGGAGUUUAUUCGAGACGCGAAGCUGUGUGGACAAAGGACACCCUCGGUCCAAGGCCCUGAUCAGCUUUCUCAUCGACUGGUGUUAGCACAUAUGGUCAACCUGGACAAUGAGAUCGAUAUCCCGUUACUCGCCAGUACUCAGACCUCGGUCGCGCAUAACCCGAGUUCCAAUCUCAAAUUGGCAUCCGGCGUGGCUCCAGUGCCAUCCAUGCUUUCAGCACCCUCACCGGUUAACGUAUCCCUCGGCACUGAUGGUGCGCCUUGCUCCAACCAUUAUGAUAUGUUCCAAGAAAUGCAUUUGGCCGCAAUUCUUCACAAAGGCGUCCAACAUGAUGCGAGUCUCAUUCCUGCCGAGACUGCCUUGGAGAUGGCCACCAUCAACGGUGCGAAAGCAUUGGGUCUUGAGCAUGAGAUUGGAAGUCUCGAAGAAGGGAAAAAGGCCGACUUUGUGGUGGUGGAUCCGUACGGAGCUGGUGGGCUUGGGGCCGUGCCGUGGAACAGCCGGUCCUCGAGAAGCGCGGUUAGUCCUGUCACCACGGUAGUUCAUGGGUGUACCGGUCGCGAUGUGGAUAUGACAGUGGUGAAUGGAGUGAUACUGGUCAGAGAAGGCAGGCUGGUACGAGGGGGACGGACAGAAGAGAUGAACAUUAUUCACAUGGCGCAGGAGGCUGUCGAGGGUCUCCUCCAGCGAUGUAAUCAUGGCCGUGACCAGAGGCAAGAGAUUGGUGGAAAACUCAUGGCACCAUGGAAUUAUAUCUGA